AUGGAAUCAAGAUGGAACUGCAGCUAUGAGAGUGCGUUUCAUGGAGACAGGGAAAAUGGCGGCAGCAGCGUAGCCGAAGCAGAGGUCCACGUGGUCCCAGAUGUUAUCGACGAUAACGCCUGUUACCACUACUCCUUCAGGAGGGCAAAUUACAUCGACCGGCAAGCAACACAUGUAACAACUUUAAUCAUAGCAAGUGUUUUAGACAAAACUGCUAGUGCCGACACAGCUGUUCCGCAUGUGGAAGCGAUGCCCAUCCAGCCUGCAGAUGUACAUCAGCCAGCACUCCUUCCAGAGUUAUACAAGCUCGGUCGAACACCAGUCAAGACACAGGUGAUGGAACGAAUGGCAAAGCAUUUUCCGGAUCAGGCUCAGUUUCUCGUUAAUGGUUUCAAAUAUGGCUUCAAGCUAGGAUAUGAUGGUACAGUGAUAGUUAUUGGCGCUUUCCUUCACGACAUCGGUCAUCUGGUGGGACAGGAACAACAGCUGCCGAAGAUGGUGACCGAUGACGUCAACCUCGGUGCCGUGAAUCACGAUACGGUUGGAGCCAGGUUUCUACAGGAUCUUGGCUUUCCGGAAAUCGUAUGCGAUCUUGUCGGAGGUCAUGUGAACGCCAAGAGAUACUUGGUCUGGAAGUAUCCCGAUUACUAUGAAAAGUUAACGCCGGCAAGUAGGAAGACGCUGGAACAUCAAGGAGGUCCUAUGGACUCGGAAGAGGCAACUGCAUUCGAGACAUCUCCAUUGUGCGAGAUCAUCUUACGCAUGCGGACUUGGGACGAACGCGUCAAAGACGCGGAAACUAAGAUGGACUCGAUCGACAAAUUUAAGAAUAUAUGUAUGGAUGUCCUGAAGGGAAGAGACUAACUUUCCACACAGUGCUAUUUUUAUAUUUCUUUUUGGGGGGAGGGGAUCAAUUUAAUACACACGAACGGACGUUAACCCGAUUCCGCCGAUUAUGUUUGUCUACGUUAUAUUACCAUAGAAUCAGCACAUAGUCAGUUUCAAAUGUAGUUUUAAGCAGACCUAUUUAUGUCAUGUCAGGGUUUUACUUCCGAUCCAGGCCACAUCCACAAUGUGGUCGACAUCCGCCGUGAGAGAUUUCUUAUAUAAGUUGGAUAUUCUUGAUGUUGGAUACCGGGUGAUGGAUUGCAAAACAAACAUCGUCAAACAUGUUCCCUGUCCGGUAAGUGAUGGUGUGUAUUUUGCACUUUUGGUCAUUGAAAUUCAGUGUCCGCAUCUCGAAACCGGAAUUCCGGAUAAUAAAGCCUUGUAUGUAGUAUAUAUUUCGUUUCACUUAAAAAUCGUCCCAUAGGCGAAGUUUCCGGAUAUCUGGGGUCCGGAGAAGCUGGAUU